GCUAAAGAAAAUUCUGAAAAACAAGAUAUAAUCGAAAAAUAUACUAUACUAUUGUUCUUUUUAAUUAAUUUAAGCUAUAAUAAUUGCAGGUUGGCUCCUAAAAGAGAUUAUUUUUCUCAUUGAAAACCCCAGAUUUAGCUAGUAAAUAGCUUACUUGGCUACGCUGUCUCACGGUUGCGUCCAAGCAAAAGAUAAUUGCUAAAAAAAAAUAAUACAACACAAAAAUCACAAUUGGGCUUUGUUGUUAUUGUUGUUGCUAUUAAUAAAUUAAUUAAACACAUACACACCCACUGACACGACGCACACAGCCAUCAAGCGCAGAGGGGAACCCCACCCCACAGAGAAUGUAAGAAAAUGCGCAUGCGCGGCCGCCGACUGCUACCGAUCGUCCUGUCGCUGCUCCUGCUCGUCCUGCUCUGCUCCAUCUACUUCUCCGGCCACCAGCGGGAAGCGUCCGCCCCCGACGACGACGACGAGUUCCUGUUGCACCUGCCCGCCGUGGAAGCGGCAGAUGAUGAUGUCGCCUCCACCUUACCCGGACGAAGUGCAGCCACAUUACCAGCGGGUCCGCUACUGAACCUCACAGACUUUCAGUAUUUGCUGCCCAGCAAUGUGUGUCGCAAGGCGGAGCGUGAGCUGCUGGCCAUCUUAAUCGUCACCUCCUAUGCCGGCCACGAUGCUUUGCGCUCUGCCCACCGCCAGGCCAUACCGCAGAGCAAGCUGGCCGAGAUGGGUCUGCAGCGGGUGUUCCUGCUGGCCGCCCUGCCGCCGCGCGAGCGAUUCCUCAGCCAGGAGCAGCUGGCAAGCGAACAGCAGCGUUUCGGAGAUCUGGUGCAGGGCAACUUUCUCGAGGAUUACCGCAACCUGAGCUACAAACACGUGAUGGGUCUGCGUUGGGCUUCGGAGGAGUGCAAGGGUCAUGCCAAGUUCAUCAUCAAGCUGGACGACGACAUUAUCUACGAUGUCUUCCAUUUGCGGCGCUAUCUGGAAGCCCUGGAAGUGGGUCAGCCGGAGCUGGCCACCUCCAGUACGCUCUUGUCGGGCUUUGUGCUGGACGCCAAGCCACCCAUACGCCUAAAGGCCAACAAGUGGUAUGUGAGCAAGCAGGAAUAUCCGCAUGCCAUGUAUCCGGCCUACCUGUCGGGCUGGAUGUAUGUGACCAAUCUACCGACAGCUGCUAGGUUGGUGGCGGAGGCGGAACGGUUGCCCAUCUUCUGGAUCGACGACACCUGGCUAACGGGCGUGGUGAGAGCCAGGCUGGGUAUACCGCUGGAACGGCACAACGAUUGGUUCUCGGCCAAUGCCGAGUUCAUUGACUGCUGUGUGCGGGACCUCAAGCAGCAUGGCUUCGAGUGCGAGUACUCGGUGGGACCGAACGGUGGCGAUGACCGGCUGCUGGUGGAGUUUCUGCAUAACGUGGAGAAGUGCUACUUUGAUGAGUGCAUCAAGCGGCCGGCGGGCAAGUCGCUGAAGGAGACCUGCGUGGCAGCGGCCAAGUCCCGGGCCCCAGAGCAUGGCCUGGCCGAGAUUAAGCCGCUAAAACUGAGGUGACCUCUGGAAACCAUGGCUUAGUUUAGGAUUUAGGACCUAAGGAAUACCAUGUGCAACGGGGGGCGAGGGGGAAUACAUAGAUGUAUGUAUGUAUCCUUCCAAGUCACUCAACUAAGUUGUAGGUUUAACUUUAGUUGUAUGCGAAGAUUGCUUAAUAUGAUCUUGACCUUUGCUUGGAGAUUAUCCCUAUUGGGAGUCCCGAAAUUUCAACUCAGCUACGUUUACUUCUCUGAAGCAGAUGGGCCAGGAUGACCAUUGAUCUUUAAAGUUCGAGUGUUUUUAACCAUAAGCUUUAUGGUAUGACUAACUUUUUUUUAGGCUAACACAAACCGACUCCGUCCUAACCAGUAUGCUAGCUCUUAAGCUCCGCCAAUUUCUUUUACAAAUGCAUUUAUACAAUUAAAUUCAAAUAAACUUACGAUAUUCUAAAAAAA